AUGCUGCUCAUUCACCUGCAGAAGGCUUCAACCGGAAUCAAACUAGUGGUGGCAGAAGGAGUGGAGAUUUCGGACCUGGGUGUAUUUGGGAGGAUUUCCACUACUGCUACUUCCACUCAUGUUGUUCUUCGGAUCGCUCCUGCUGUUGUUGCUCGAUUCCUCGGACACGCAGCUCCGACUGAUUUCCUCUCUCCGGUUUUACCUUUUCCGAGGUUGCCCUGCACUUUGGGUUCUGAUCUUUAUGGAAGGGUUUAG